AGGUGUGUGUGUUUUCCCUCUCCGCUGCUUGCCCACUUAAAAAAAAAAAACCCAAUGUGAUGCUGUUCUGCGCCGCGGAAUCUCCAACUUUUCCUACCAUGGUAAACCCGGAUUACCUUCCCCAUGCGAACCGCUUUCUCUGCUGUAUCCCUCCGCUAAAAAAGAACGGCGCUGACAGCCUGAAACGAGAUGUGAUGAGACGCCUCCGGUGAGUGUUGUACUUGGCUCCAAAAUUUUAAAAAACUAUUUAAAAAAAAUGCAAAAGGGCGUGCGGUACAAUGAGGGCCACGCGCUGUAUCUGUCGGUGGUCGCGCGUAAAGAGGGCACGAAGCGCGGCUUCCUGAGCAAGAAGACCACCGAGAACAGCCGCUGGACCGAGAAGUACUUCGCGCUCCACCAGAACGUGCUCUUCUACUUCGAGAACGAGCAGAGCACGAGGCCAUCCGGGAUAUACCUGCUGGAGGGAUGCACGUGCGAGAGGGCACCGGCACCCAAAGUGUCCGCCAUCGGGAAGGAGCCCACGGAGAAACAGCAGCACUACCUCCUGGUCAUUUUUGGCCACGAUGGACAGAAACCUCUGGAGCUUCGGACGGAGGAGGAGUCAGACUGCAACGAGUGGGUGGAGUACAUCCAACAGGCCAGUUACUCUGACAUCAUCAUCGAGCGUGAGAUCCUGAUGCAGAAGUACAUCCACCUGGUGCAGAUCAUGGAGACGGAGAAGGUCGCGGCCAAUCAGCUGCGCACUCAGCUGGAGGACCAGGACACGGAGAUCGAGAGGCUCAAAUCUGAGAUUGUAGUGUUGAACAAAACGAAGGAAAGGCUGCAGCCUCACCAGAGCAACCAAGAGGAGGAAGACCCCGACAUUAAAAAGAUCAAGAAGGUUCAGAGCUUCAUGCGCGGCUGGCUCUGCAGGAGGAAGUGGAAGAUCAUCGUCCAGGACUACAUCUCCUCCCCUCACGCCGAGAGCAUGAGGAAGAGGAACCAGAUCGUCUUCAACAUGGUGGAGGCGGAGACCGAGUACGUCCACCAGCUCUCCAUCCUCGUCAACUGCUUCCUCAGGCCGCUCCGCAUGGCCGCCAGCUCCAAGAAACCUCCCAUCAGCCACGACGACGUCAGCAGCAUCUUCCUCAACAGUGAGACCAUCAUGUUCCUGCACGAGAUCUUCCAUCAAGGGCUGAACGCUCGGAUCGCCAACUGGCCCACGCUCGUCCUGGCGGACCUGUUUGACAUCCUUCUACCCAUGUUGAACAUCUACCAGGAGUUUGUGAGGAACCACCAGUACAGUCUGCAGGUUCUGGCAAACUGCAAACAGAACCGAGACUUUGACAAACUGCUCAAACAGUACGAGUCCAAUGCUGCCUGCGAGGGCCGCAUGCUGGAGACCUUCCUCACCUAUCCCAUGUUCCAGAUCCCGCGGUACAUCAUCACCCUCCAUGAGCUGCUGGCUCACACACCUCAUGAACACGUGGAGAGAAAGAGUCUGGAAUUUGCCAAAUCCAAACUGGAAGAGCUUUCAAAGAUGAUGCACGAUGAAGUGAGCGACACAGAGAACAUCAGGAAGAACCUCGCCAUAGAGAGGAUGAUCGUUGAAGGCUGUGACAUCCUCUUAGACACCAGUCAGACUUUUGUCAGACAAGGCUCUCUGAUCCAGCUGCCGUCCAGCAGCGAGCGGGGCGUGCUCAGUAAGGUCCGGCUGGGCUCCCUCUCACUCAGGAAAGAGGGAGAGCGACAGUGUUUCCUGUUCACCAAACACUUCCUCAUCUGCACCCGAACAUCCGGAGGAAAGCUUCACCUGCUCAAGCAAGGAGGAACGUUGUCUCUGAUUGAGUGCACUCUGAUUGAAGAGCUGGAUAUCAGUGAUGAAGACUACAACGCUGCGGGUCAGGGGUUCAACCAUCUGCAGUUUAAAAUCGUGGUGGAGUCUCCUGACGGUCAGUCCUUCUCCGUCGUUCUCUUGGCUCCUUCACGUCAGGAGAAAGCAGCGUGGACCAGCGACAUCAGCCAGUGCAUCGAUAAUAUCCGCUGUAACGGCCUGAUGACCAGCGUGUUCGAGGAGAACUCCAAAGUUUCGGUGCCGCACAUGAUCAAGUCGGACGCUCGUCUGCACAAAGACGACGUCGACAUUUGCUUCAGCAAGACGCUCAACUCCUGCAAAGUCCCUCAGAUCCGAUACGCCAGCGUGGAGCGGCUCCUGGAGCGCCUCACCGACCUGAGGUUCCUCUCCAUAGACUUCCUGAACACGUUCCUCCACACGUACAGGAUCUUCACCACAGCCGCCGUGGUCAUCGACAAGCUGGCAGACAUCUACAAGAAGCCGUUUACGUCCAUACCUGUCAGGAUCGAGCAACAUUCAUGUGACCGUCUGUCCAUCAUGUCCCUCUGUCCCGACUACACUCUGAAGAUCACACAGCUGGCUCUGGACCAGUCAAAGUCUCUGGAGCUCUUCUUUGCCACCAACCAGGGCUCGUGGGCGACCGACCCAUUGAACAACAAAUCCCCUCGCCUGUGUCGCAAGUUCUCCUCUCCUCCUCCCCUCUCGAUCCCCUCUCGCACCUCCUCCCCCGUCCACUCCCGCAAGCUCUCCCUGAGCUCGCCCGUCAGCUCGAAAGUCAUGGACCUCUCGACCACCCCCACCUCCUCCGCAGCCAACUCCCCCACCUCCAGCUACUGCCCCUCCAUCUCCUCCCCUCCUCCCGGCUCCGGCAGGCCCUCUUCUGGCUUCUUCUCUCCUCCGCCCACCGCCAAGCGCUCCCCGAGCCUCCCGCAGGCCUCUGGGGUGUCCUCGCCGCCCCCCGUCCCCACGAAGGCCCCUCUGGACCUGAGCCGCGGUCCCAGCUCCCCCGAGCUGAGCCCCGCCGCGGCGGAGGACGUCAGCGGGGAGCUGCCUCGCCUCGACGCCUUCUGCGGGAAGCUGAGGCGAAGCAUCCGCAGGGCCGUCCUGGAGUCAGUGUCUCUGGACAAAUUUAUCCCUGAAUCUCCAGCCAGCACGGAGGCAGGCGACAUGUCUCCCUGCCGCUCGCCUUCUACACCGAGACACCUCCGCUAUAGAACGUCAGGAGUCACAGCGGGGGAGAACUCUCGUUGCGCCAUGUCGCCCGCUUCGGCGUUUGCAAUCGCCACAGCUGCCGCGGGCCACAGCAGCUCGCAGGGUUUCAACUCUGACAAAGUCUGUGACAAAGAGUUCAUCAUCAGGAGAGCUGCUACCAACAGAGUCCUCAACGUGCUGCGACACUGGGUUUCCAAGCACUCGCAGGACUUUGACAUGAACAGUGAUCUAAAAAUGGGAGUGAUGUGUCUCCUGGAGGAGGUGCUGCGAGAUCCAGACCUGCUGCCCCAGGAGAGGAAAGCCACCACCAACAUAUUAAGUGCCCUUUCUCAAGACGAACAAGACGACGCUCAGCUGAAGAUUGAGGACAUUUUACAGAUGAAAAGCUGUCCCCUACUGCACUUCAUCGUGGCGGAGAGUCCAAAGCCCGAGUGUUUCGAGUCUCUGUCGGCGAUGGAGCUGGCCGAACAGAUCACUCUGCUGGAUCACAUCGUGUUCAGGAGUAUCCCUUAUGAGGAGUUCCUGGGUCAGGGCUGGAUGAAGGUGGAUAAGACAGAGAGGACUCCGUACAUCAUGAAGACCAGCCAACAUUUUAAUGAUAUGAGUAACCUGGUGGCGUCUCAGAUAAUGACUCACACUGACGUGGGCUCCAGAGCCAGCUCCAUUGAGAAGUGGCUCGCUGUGGCCGACAUCUGCCGCUGCCUCAACAACUACAACGGCGUGCUGGAGAUCACGUCCGCUCUCAAUCGCAGCGCCAUCUUCAGGCUGAAGAAGACGUGGGCAAAAGUCUGCAAACAGACAAAGUCUCUGAUGGACCGGCUGCAGAAGACGGUGUCAUCAGAAGGGAGGUUCAAGAACCUGCGAGAGACUCUGAAAAACUGUAACCCUCCGUGUGUCCCGUACCUGGGCAUGUACCUCACAGACCUGGCCUUCAUUGAGGAGGGGACGCCGAACUUCACAGAGGAGGGCCUGGUUAACUUCUCCAAGAUGAGGAUGAUUUCUCACAUCAUUCGGGAGAUUCGUCAGUUUCAGCAAGCACCUUACAGGAUAGAGCACCAACCCAAGGUGACUCAGUUCCUCCUGGAUAAAACUCUAGUGAUGGAUGAAGACACCCUCUAUGAGCUCUCGCUGAAGAUCGAACCCCGAGUACCUCCCGGUUAAUCCUUCCCUUCCCCUUUCAUACACAUUAUUUUUAGUCUUACAAUCUCAAUCAUGUACAAACACAACUUCAAGAUUCGUCCUUAAUGAAGUGAGGUUUUUGUUUCAUAACCGGUUAUCGUGCUCAGGAUACUCAGGAGAAAAAAAGUGCCUUGUUGUAAAAAAAAAACUCUGCUGUGUAAAUAAUAUAAACAAGAAUGAAGUAAAACACACAAACACAACUCUGCCAUAUGACUGUAGAAGUUCUGUUUUCAGCUAAUGAACCUGGCACUAGAGAGUAACCUUUGCUGCUACCAUACAGUCUGCCUCUGUAGUCUCACAUGUACGUAUUGUCGGAUGAGUUAGCUCAUUUUGUAAGAUGAACACAGUUUCCAAAUAGUUUUUUUUUGGACCUUACAGCUUUAAAGUGAGAAUCUGUAUGUGUUAAAAUGACACGCCUGCACCACAGAAACGAUGCUAACGCAAGCUGCAUGUUGCAGAAGCAAAAAAA